GCUUGCCUUCAAUUUCUGAAUUUGAAUGAAUCUUUAGAGCACGUUCGUUGAAGAAGGCAGAGAUGGAUGAUGGAGAGGGUGGGUUCGGUGAGGGUGUGGAUCAGAUUGAUCAGUUCCAUCGGAACGAGGCCAUUUCGGCCGUUGCUGAUGAUGGUUUCUUGGGCGAAGAUGAGGAUGAAUACGAGGACCUGUAUAACGAUGUUAAUGUUGGGGAGGGGUUCCUUCAGUCGUUGAGGAAGAACGAUGAUUUGGGAUUCAAGAGGGAGGAGGAACCCAAGAUGGAGCCUCCUGCACCUGUACCACCCACUUCCGGUGCUUCCAUACCUGGUAUCGGUGGAGGUGCAACUGAAGUUACUGGUCUAGGAGAUGCCGGUGGGCAUACUGUUUCGGAGAGAGUAACAGAGGGUUACAACCAGAUUCCAGAUUCAAGAACGAAUGAGAUGGCUAUCAGAGGUGGGGUGGGAUCGGGGCCGCCUGUAGGUGGCGGAGUUGGGAUUAGGGUUGAAUUAGGGCAAGGGAGUAAACCCAAUGAGUUGGAGGAGCGAAGUAGCAAUAACGUAGCUGGGCAUCAGGCUCCGCAACAGCCACAGCUGCAGCCGCAGCCACAGCCGCAGCACCAUCACCAGCCACCUCAGAGCGGAGUCUUAGGAAAUCCUGGGAGUGUAGAAAAUGAAGGUCUGCUAAGGCAAGGUGGUGGAGUUAAUGUCAAUGGGGUCGGUGGAAAUGGGUUCGGUAAUGUAGGGAGUGCAGGGGGAGGUAGCGGUGGAACAAUUUUGUUUGUUGGUGAUUUGCAUUGGUGGACUACAGAUGCGGAGCUUGAGGUGGAACUCUGUAAGUAUGGUCCGUUGAAGGAGGUCAAGUUUUAUGACGAGAAAGCCAGUGGAAAAUCAAAAGGCUACUGCCAGGUUGAAUUUUAUGAUCCUUCUGCUGCCACAGCUUGCAAGGAGGGAAUGAAUGGACAUAUUUUUAAUGGACGUCCAUGUGUAGUUGCAUAUGCAUCACCGUUUAGUGUUAAGAAGAUGGGAGAAGCCCAAGUUAACAGGAACCAACAGAUAGCCCAAGCUACUAAUCCUCAAGCAAGGAGAGCUCCUAAUGAUGCUGUAGGUAAAAUUGGUGGAAGUAGUAUUGCAACGGGUGGUAACUAUCAAGGUGGUGAUAACAAUAGAGGUUCUGGGAGAGGUAAUUGGGGAAGGGGUAAUGCUCAUGGGAUGGGUGGUCGAGGACCAGCUGGUCCAAUGAGGGGCAGGGGUGGUGGGAUGGGUGGCAGAGGUAUAAUGGGAAAUGGUGGAAAUGGAUUUGGCCAAGGAAUUGGUGCUACCCCUCCUUUAUUGCAUCCGCAGUCAAUGAUGGGUCAAGGUUUUGAUCCAUCUUUUGGUGCACCCAUGGGAAGAAUGGGUACAUAUGGUGGUUUUCCUGGAGCUCCGGCUCCCCCUUUCUCUGGAAUUUUGUCAUCCUUUCCUCCUGUCGGGGGUGUUGGCCUUCCUGGUGUAGCUCCUCAUGUGAACCCAGCAUUUUUUGGAAGAGGUAUGCCUAUGAAUGGAAUGGGGAUGAUGCCAACAUCGGGUGUUGAUGGGCCUAAUAUGGGAAUGUGGUCUGAUCCUAGUAUGGGUGGAUGGGGCAGUGAAGAGCAAGGUGGUGGGAGAGCUGGCGAGUCUAGUUAUGGAGAAGAAGCUGGUUCUGACCAGCAUUAUGGGGAAGGCAGUCAUGAAAGAGGGCCUUGGGCAAAUUCUGCAAAGGAGAAAGAUAGAGGCUCUGAAAGGGACUGGUCACAGUCUUCUGAUAGAAGGUAUCGAGAUGAUAGAGACGUUGGAUAUGAUAGAGAGAGGUCCAAAGAAAAAGAUCCGGGACCUGACCAUGACUGGCCAGAUAGAAGGCCUCGUGAUGAUAGAGAUAUAGGGCGUGAAAGGGAUAAAGAUAGGGAUCGAGAUAGGGACAGAGAACGAUCCCGAGAUUAUGAGCGUGGCCAUCAUGAACGUGAUCGUGAACGUGACAGGGAUCGUGAUCGAGAUAGGUACAAGGAAGAUAGGGACAGGUAUUCUGAUCAUCAUAGAUACCGAGACCGGGAACCAGAGCAUGAGGAGGAUUGGGAUAGGGGACGGUCAUCAAGAACUCAUAGCAAAUCCCGAUUAUCACAAGAAGAAGAAAAUCGUUCUAGAUCAAGGGAUGCUGAUUAUGGGAAAAGGCGGAGGCUUACUUCUGAAUAGCUGAAUCCUUUAGCAUACAUGCUUUAAACUAUAUAGAGUAUGGCUUUCUAUGUUCGUUUGGGUUCUCUCUUCAAUGUUAUGGGCUCAUUGAUUCAUCAUUACCUUUUUGCCUAUGCUGUUUAUCGUUUGAACUUCACGUAUGACUUCUACCUACAGGAGCAUGGUCAUUUUUGGUGCAAGAAAACUUAAAAGGACAGCGGAUUCCAUUCGUAGAACAAAAGUUGGUUUGGGGACGACAGCAGAGGCCUCUGAUUCUCGUCUGCCUAGAGAGAACCCAUGCAUGGCAAUGCCUUCUCGCUCUAUAAAUUUGAUAAAGAAACUUCUUGGUUUAAACAGUUCUCACGUUUCUUUUGAAUGAUGUUUCUUCUUGACUUCUUGGCACUUGAUGACAUUGAUAUAAUUGGUUGUAAUGGCUUAAAAUAUUGCUGGAGUCCCAGUCAUGUCUGAAUGUUAUCGGACAUGUAAUAGCUUACUAUGUUGUUAGAGUAUCUUAGUGUGGCAGAUGUUGUGUUGUGGGUUAUUUUGUUUUAUGGGUUGUUGUAUCAUAUAUUCACACCUCUUUUUUUUUUUU